ACGACCCCACGGGCACUACUUGCGGCAGUGUGGACUUUAAAGAGCCCUGCAUCUGCACAUUUACUUUUCUGUUCCUAUCUGGAGAACUUGAAACUCGCCUCGUGCUUCUCUUUGAUUUUCUUGUCGCCAGUUUUCUCUACGGUUAUAUAUACAAGAUGGAUCCCUCACAAGUCAAGAUCCCCGCGUUGGCGGACCUGACCAUCGACAACAUCACCGACAACGUGAUCAGGAUUAACUCGCUCAACCCGGAUCCACGUGCGAAGUACAUCCUCGAACGGUUAGUCGAGCAUCUACACGACUUUGCGCGCGAAACGAGGUUAAGCACGACAGAAUGGAUGGCGGGGAUUCAGUUCUUGACGAAGACGGGCCAGAUUUGCACGGAUGUGAGACAGGAAUUCAUCCUCCUCUCCGACAUCUUCGGUCUGUCGUUGCUCGUCGACAGCAUCGACCACCCCAAACCCCCGAACAGCACCGAAGGCACUGUCCUGGGCCCCUUCCACACGCACGAGGCCGAACACAUGAGCAACGGCGAUUUAAUGUCCAAAGACGACAACGGCGAGCCUCUUUUGGUGUUGUGCAAUGUGAAAGGUGUAGACGGUAAACCUAUCUCGGGAGUUAAGAUUGAUAUCUGGGAGACGGACAGCUCGGGGCACUACGAUGUACAGCAUGCAGAUCGUGACGGUCCGGACGGCCGCUGCGUGAUGACAAGCGACGAUGAGGGUGUGUUCUGGUUCAAGGCUAUUGUCCCCGUACCGUACCCGAUUCCGCAUGAUGGGCCGGUUGGACAAUUGUUGAAGAAAUUGGGGAGACAUCCUAUGAGGCCCGCGCAUAUGCAUUUCAUGUUUGAGAAGAGUGGGUUUGAUCAUCUCAUCACGGCAUUAUACCUCAAGAACGACCCGUACGAGAAUUCGGACGCCGUGUUUGGCGUCAAGAACUCGCUUAUCGUGGAGUUGGGCAAGGUCGAUAAAAAGACUGCCGAGAAGUACGGUGUCGAUGAGGGCAUCGCGUUGAUGACGUAUGAUUUUGUGCUGGUCACGGAGAAGGCGAGCUUCGAUUUGAGGGCCGAGAACUCGAAAAAAGCGCUGGAGAAAUUGGGACGGAGGGUCAAGAUCGUCGAGGGGUUGCCUGUGCCGGAUGUUGACUAGGGAAUUGUGCAGAGAUGGGCUGCCGAGGACGGCAGGGAUCGUGUAUAUCUGGGGUUUUGCCCAUGCCGGGAAGGAGAUGGUCGAGGACGAGGCAGAGAGAACAGGCAAGCAUAUCAGAGUGAUCAUGAGCUAAACGCUCAGUGAAAUGGGGUCUGAAAUUGUCC